GAUCAAGGUAUCAUCAGCAGUAUGAUAUAUACCUUAUUCCUUCUAAUAACUUUCCCGCUCCAAAUCGUUGCUCAGUGUACCAAUGGCGGUACGUUAGUGGCAAUCGGAUGCACAAAUGCUGCACAGUGUGCGCUGUAUACCACACUACCAGUAACUUGCUUAAAUUCUAUGUGCUGUACAACAAAUACUGCAGCUCAGACUUGCACAAAUGGUGGAACCUUGGUUGCUAGGGGAUGUACUAAUUCCGCACAAUGUACCGCGUAUACCACGCAACCAGUAACCUGCCUGAAUUCUUUGUGCUGUACAACAAAUUCUGCGACUCAAACUUGCGCAAAUGGUGGAACCUUGGUUGCCAUGGGAUGUACUAAUGCUGCACAAUGUACCCCUUAUACUACACUACCAGUAACCUGCUUAAAUUCUAUGUGCUGUACAACAAAUACUGCAACUCAAACCUGCACAAAUGGUGGUACGUUGGUUGCAAGAGGAUGUAGUAAUUCUGCUCAAUGUGCGCGAUAUACGACACAACCAGUGGCUUGUUAUAAUUCUCUGUGCUGCACGGUGCCUCAAACUUGUCCUAAUGGAGGCAAACUGGUCGCUUUAGAAUGUAGCAACUCUGUGCAGUGUAUCCCAUAUGCUUGUGGAUGUCCAGUUACAUAUAAACUGUUCUUAGCAGAUUUAACAAAGAAAAAUAUGCUUGCUCUGGUAAUCUUUUUCACGCAAUUGCAAGCUGCCUGGACACAGUGCCCAAAUGGAGGCAGAGCAGUAGCACAAGGUUGCUCAAAUGCACUUCAAUGUGUUCAGUACACUACAGAACCAGUUGCAUGCUUGAGUGGUUUUUGCUGUACUACCACAAGCAAUGCUACAUCUACUUGCCCGAACAACGGAAAGCUGGUUGCUAAAGGUUGCACCAGCGCUUCACAAUGCCUUCCCUACACAACGGAACAAGUAACAUGUCUCAAUGGACUCUGCUGUACGGUUAACGCUAACAGCUGUAGUAACGGAGGUACUUUAGUGGCCAAGGGUUGCACCAAUGCAGCUCAAUGUACUGCAUACACUAAAGAAAAGGUGACAUGCUUGAAUGGCAACUGUUGCACAGUUUCUACUAAGCCAACCUGCAACAACGGUGGACAACUGGUAGCUAUGGGGUGCAGUAAUGCGGCUCAGUGUACUGUAUAUACUAAAGAAAAGGUUACUUGCUUGGACUCUCUAUGCUGUACGGUUCCAUCUCAACCAGUCUGUGCCAACGGUGGAAAAGCUGUUGCACAAGGAUGUACAGCAUCUACUCAGUGCCUUCAAUACACAAAGGAAAAAGUUGCUUGUAUAAAUGGUCUUUGCUGCACGGUUCCACAAACUUGCAGUAAUGGAGGUAACGUGUUAGCUUUGUAUUGUUCCAACUCUCUCCAAUGUGUUCAAUACUCAUGCGGCGCUCCAGUAACCUGUUUGAAUGGAAUGUGUUGUACCUGGAUUUGUACUUGUGGCACUCACAAGCUUGACGAAAUAAAGGCUUUUCAAAUUGAAAUACCGACUUCAUUGAAGAUGAUGCUGCAGCAGCUAGCCAUCAUUAUCCUAACAUACAUAACAACAAUAUCAGGACAGUCCUGCCCUAACGGAGGAAAACUUGUAGCAAUUGGUUGCAGCAGUGCAUCACAGUGCGCGCCAUACACCACUGAAACUGUCAACUGCCUUAACGGGCUGUGUUGCACAUCAACUUCCAGCAGUCGACCUGUUUCAUGCAGUAACGGAGGCACUGCGGUAGCAGUUGGCUGCACGUCAGCUUCACAAUGUGCUACCUACACAUCACAACCUGUCGCUUGUCUAAGUGGCGUUUGCUGUACGACUUCUUCAUCCUCAGGUACACAGUGCAGUAAUGGUGGUCAGGCUGUGGCUACCGGCUGCACGUCAGCUUCACAAUGUGCUCCCUACACAUCUCAACCUGUUACUUGCUUAAAUGGCGUUUGCUGUACCAACUCUUCGUCUUCAGGUGUACAGUGUAGCAAUGGUGGCCAAGCGGUGGCUAUCGGGUGUAGCACGACUUCACAAUGUUCUCUCUACACAUCCCAACCUGUCGCAUGUCUAAGUGGUGUCUGCUGUACCACUUCAUCGUCUUCAGGUACACAGUGCAGUAAUGGUGGUCAAGCGGUGGCUACCGGCUGCACGUCAGCUUCACAAUGUGCUGCUUACACAUCUCAACCUGUCGCCUGUUUAAAUGGCGUUUGCUGUACGACUUCCUCAUCCUCAGGUACACAAUGCAGUAAUGGUGGUCAAGCGGUGGCUACCGGCUGCACGUCAGCUUCACAAUGUGCUGCUUACACAUCUCAACCUGUCGCCUGUUUGAAUGGCGUUUGCUGUACAACUUUCUUAUCCUCAGGUAUUCAGUGUAGUAAUGGUGGUCAGGCAGUGGCCAAAGGUUGUGUUACUUCCUCUCAGUGCUUACCCUACUCGACAGGAAACGUGGAGUGCUUAUCCGGAGUUUGCUGUACGGUUAAUGGGAAUAAUAGCCAAACUAAAUGUGCUAAUGGUGGUGUCGUUGUUGCCAUAGGCUGCACAUUGUCUUCACAAUGUACUCCGUACGCUGCAGGAGCUGUGGUUACCUGCAUUGACAAUAAAUGUUGCCGAUUGUAG